AUUUACAGGUCAAUUGGUCUCGAAAGGAGGUGAAGAGACUGCGAAUUCAAUCAUUAAUGCAGCACGGCGAAAAAAAUUAUGAAUAGCAAAUAAGCAUCCUGUCUCGCAUCAGAAAACGACCACAUCGAGAGCUACGUCCGAUGGCCAUCACUUUCUCGCGACCAUCCGAAGCCUUCCAGCGCCUACAUCUGAACCCGAAACACGCUCACCUGGCACAGCAGCAGGAAGAACAACAACAACCGCACCAACGCCUGCCCCCGUGGCCGACUGCUGCUCGUAUGAAGCGCCCACUUGAUCCCAUUGACAACCUGAGCGACCCUCUCAAAGCCAAGAGGACACGUAUUGCCGUGGAGAUUUUCGCGAGACCGCUGGCUCAAGCACUCGGCCCUUCUAAGCCCAUCCUAGUGAACCGUCAGCGUUCCACCACCCAGCCCGUGCAAAUCGCGUCGUCCCAGAAACCCGACAGACCCUCUCCGAUCGCCACCAAUCCCCUCCUCCCACCUGUGCCUUCACCCACUUCCGCUCCUACGCCCACACCUACGCCUGCUCCCACCACGGCUCCUCCCCCUUCCACAAUAACGACGACGGCGCCGACAAACAAGGACCAUGGCCUCACGAGACACCAAGAGAAGGUUAUCAAUGGCAUCCGGCACGAAUUGGGCCGUUUGCAACCGAGUGCUGCCGACACUAGCUCUGCCACUGGCCCGUCCGGUCGCAAGCUGCGCUCUCAGGAGGCGACCCGCUUCAAGAGUGAACUCUCGGCUUAUUUCCCCGAAUAUGACGAGGUGAUUGGGAAUGAUCCCAAGGAACAACACUUGCUCAAUACUGAUACACCUAUCAUUGUCUAUGAUAGGGAAGACGAGCCAUUGGAUUCUACGGCGACUACCGCCGCCCCUAAUCAAACUCUAGAUCCCUUCGACCAACGGCCUCAUUUUUCCAUGGUGCGAGUGUACAACGAUCGUCUGUUUACUGAUUUGCAAAAUUCCCCAAUCAUCAACUUGGACUUCUUGAAAGCAGAAGACAGCGCCAAUGUAUUAGAAGACCCUUUGCCGGAUUCACAUUAUGCACCGGCGCAUAGGAGGGCUGAGAGAUUAGAAAAGUCUAUCAGAAACACAGAAAGAGGCCGUGCCCAGCAUGAGAAGGAUCAGAUCAUUCGACUGCUUGGCGAACUCCAGGGCCACGAUUGGCUGAGAACCAUGGGUGUCAAUGGAGUAACUGAAAGCCGCAAAAAAACUUUCGAGCCUGCUCGUGAUCAUUUCAUUAAAGGGUGUCAGGCUAUACUCGAUAAAUUCCGCUUAUGGAGUCAAGAGGAAAAGAGACGAAAGCUCGAACGGGAACGCGCACUAGCAGAGGAGACAGCCGACGAGGAAGAUGAGGACCAACAGCAAAGUAGUGAAAGUGAAAGUGAAAGUGAAGGUGACAGCAGCGGGGAAUCCGGCAGUAUGGACGACGUUGACAUGGUAGACGUCGAAGAUGCUAGCGAAGGUGAUCUUGCUCCUGAAGGUGAGCUUCCCGAGUACAGCGAUGUCGAUGCUGCCGCGCGCCAGCUUCAAAACGAAGCCAUGGAACGUGCUAGGUAUGCAGCGUCAUCUUCUCCUCGAAGGAAUCGUGGCGAGCCCCCACCUGCUAUAAUCGACCUUACGCCCCGAGAGUUCACUUCCUUCUUCGAAAAGAAGCACCAAAGGGACGCGGCGCUUAAUAAAGGGCGGCGGAAGGGCAGGACUGUUCUCGCUUGGGGCCAGCCGAUCCCUGAUAUGAGUGAGGAUGAUUUCGUACUGCCUGAUUUCUGCCUGGAUGAAGAUACCCUGAAAGCACACGAGAGGCAGAAGAGGCGGGAUAGACGCCAGCGCAGGCAGGAUGGUACUACAGUAAACGCAUAGCUCUAAAUGCUAUGGCCAACUGUAACAUGAUGUACAACUAGGUGUGACAGUACGAUGUGCGUACAAGACGCAAACAAUAAUUGAAGCCUCCCAAGAUAGUGGGAUUUGUUGCCUUCUAGUGAGACCUUUCCACAUCCGCUCCUCUUUACCUAUCCUCAACAGACCGUAGGACGGGAAGGAUCUAUUCAGCCCUGCCUGAUCAAGUAAUUCCUUGGACUGAGACAUGCCUGCGAUUGGUUUUAAGGAUUUUGCUUUUUCUGGGGAAAAAUUGGCCAUGCUGCAUCUGAUUUUCCUGAUGAUCGGCUGGUAGGCAGCCAUAUAUCCCUUCGAAGCGUGGCAACCACCUACGGAGUACUUACUGUCUAGGUAAGUUGUUGUCUU